AUGUGGUAUAGCUCUCCAAUACCGGCAAGUCAACCAUUUUCUGCAUCUAAUUGUCUCUCUUUGCAAGGCUUAUUCAUUCACUUCAUGGGAAAUCUUGGUUGGAAGAAGAUUGAAAAACAUUACUUGGAAAUCAAUAUUGAUCCUUGUUUGAAGAUUGAUCCUUGCUCAAAGAUUGCUUGUACUGGGCCAGGAUUAACCGAAAGGAUUGCGCUAGUAUUGACUGAAGAGAGGAAGACGAAGAAGAAGAAUGGCAAUACUUCAGUUAUAGUUGAAUCUUGCAAGCCCAUAGAUUUCUUGCGAGAUUUCUGGGUUGAUUUUGAUCGUGAGGUUGUUCGAUCGAUUUCGUGUUCUGAUUUCGGCUUUGUUUUCUCCGUUUUUCCGGUCUUGUUGUCGGUAGACUCAUUAAAUUCAUACAUUGCUUGGGAUUUCUCGGUGGUGCAAGGCAAGAUAUCUUUGGAUAUUGGUUUCAGUGUGGAGUAUACAAACUCUUCGGGAGAAAAAACUCUAAUAUUGCCCUACCGACGUUACGAGGCUGAUCAGGGCAACUUCUGCACAUGCAUGGCUAGAAACUACAAACUAAUUUGGGACAAUUCAUACGCAAGUUUUUUUAAGAAGGUGCUGCGGUUCAAGGUGGAUUGCAUACCUCCAGUCGUGGAGUCGCCGCCGUCCGAUAACCAA